AUGUGCAAUAUUAUAGUGUGUAAUGAGUGGACAGAGUUGAACUGCACCGGUGAAGCUGCACCAGAAGAACUAGAAGAACAUUCUAUGGUGGCUCAUGAGGGCUUCCUGUAUGUUUUUGGAGGCAUGCUGGAUUCUGCAUACACCAAGUGGAGAUGUUCCCUGUGGGUAUUUGACAUUGCAAAGCAAAAGUGGGUGCGCAGCCAUGGAAAGACGAGCUCCCCUCAGACCCAACUGCCAACCAACAGAAAAGGACACAGCGCUGUGGUGGUUGGCUCUGCAAUGCUGGUGUAUGGAGGAUUCAUAGACAUGAAAGGAUCCUCGCAGGACUUCUGGAGUUUGAAUUUUGAUACCAUGACAUGGUCACUGCUGAAUGGCUCUCAGCAGGGCUCAUUAGGCCCAGGCCCCAGACACAGUCACUCAGCCAUGGCCUACCAGAGCUGCAUGUACCUGUAUGGGGGCUUGAAAGGCUUGCAGGAGCAGAGAGACUUCUGGAGGUGGAAUUCCACCAGCCAUAUGUGGACUUCCCUCAAAAACAAGUCUGGUCCCUCGAGACUGAUGGGCCACUCGGCUGUGGCCUACAAGGACAGUAUGCUUCUUUUCGGAGGAGGUGAGAGCCAGAACUUUCCAAAAAACUGCCUGUGGAGGUACAGUAUUACCACUCAGACCUGGGGGCAGGUCGCCACACUCCCAGGCUCGAACCCCCCCCACAAGAUCCACCACUGCUGUAUUGGGCUGGGUCCCAGCUACAAGUCAAACACCAGCAGCUCCUUCUCCGGCUCAGGACUCCAACCCAGGCCGCUGGAUUGGAAACUAAGGCCCUUUAAAAACAAGUGCUUCCCUGCCCCAGUCACCUUUCUAGGAUCAGAGGGGGCUAUAGAGCUGGAGACGUUCAGCCUGGACAGGUGCUACGGUAGCAAAACACUCACACAAUCAUCAGAUCUGGACAACAGCAAGGAGGGCUUGAUGGGGAAAGAUGGACAGCGGAUUGGAAACUGUUUGACCUUUGAAAACAAGGCUUUCAGGAAACAGUGCAGCAGCACAGAUGAGGACCUGUUCGACGAGGAGGAUGGAGAUAUAGCCCAUCAUCUGCCUGAUCAGCUGCUGGUGCUGGGGGGAAGACCCUGCACCAGACACAGUCCCAUCUCUGUAUGGCAAAUGACUCUGACUGAUUCAUAACUGCCUGAAGAACAAACCUUUUCUCUAUUUGAGAAGUAUGUAAAAAAAAAAAAAACAUCAGUAUUAUCACAUGUUAAAUCUUAUUUGUAUAAAGGGUUUACUGACAUUCUGUGAACAAGAAAAUAUCUUUUAUAUUUUUAUAAUAGUGUUACUUUUUUUAGUUGAGUUUUUAUGUUGCGUUUAUCACAUAUUACCUUUUUGCAGAAGUGAAAUAGAUAAUUGGAAAAUGGAAAAUACAGCCAUUAACAAUUAUCUAAGUUGUAAGUAAGUAAGUGUAACUGUGACAAAAUACAGCACACACAAACAUAAAAAUCAGGAUCACAUUUGAAGCCCUAGACCUCCUACAGUGUAUGCUCCUUUACAAUAUAUCCCCUUAUAUUAACUAUAGUAAAUGUCUGUGACAUAUUUUAUCCCCACAAGCUACCAAAUCUGGUUAAGACACUUGCACAUUUGCUUUCACUUUCUACAAACUGACAGUAUGGAGAUAAUAACAAUGCCUAUAAUAAAACCUAAAUUUCACACGAUGGCGCCAGA